AUGUCCAGCACACGAAGUAAAGGAGAGUCGUUCAACACGACAUCCCAGACGAGCUCUUUACAGAACCAGAGUCAAACUUCAACACAACUUCCUUCGCAUAAAGAUGAGGAGAAAAUGCCUUUGUUUUUGAUAAAGCUGUGGAAUAUUGUAGAGGAUCCGAAUUACCAACAAAUCAUCAGAUGGGAUCCUAGUGGCUACAGUUUUCAUAUUGUUGAUCCAUACUCUUUCUGUAGGAACGUUCUACCACAUUAUUUCAAACACAACAACCUGAACAGUCUCAUACGUCAAUUAAAUAUGUAUGGUUUUCGAAAAAUGUCCCCUCUGGAUAGGGGCGGUUUAACCAGGAGUGAAUCCGAUCAGGAUCAUCUCGAGUUUAGUCAUGCUUGUUUUAUCAGAGAUAGACCUGAUCUUCUCGUGAAUAUUAAAAGAAAACAGUCUUCUCGGCCUGCUGAGGCAGUAUCUCAGUCUGCUCAAAAUAGUUUACAAUUAGUAAUGGACGAACUUCGCCAAGUGCGCGAGAAGCAAAGAAACUUGGAAGCGAAAAUAUACGAUAUUUCAAAGGAAAAUGAAACCCUUUGUUAUGACAUGACCAAUAUUCGUGCGCAGCAUGCCAGACAACAACAAGUUGUUCAGAAGCUUGUCCAAUUUCUUGUGGCUUUGGUACAGCCACAACUUCCUAAACGGGUUCAGAAAAGAGGUGUCCUGGCAAUUGAUGAAAAUCCUGCCAAAAGACCUCGCACUUCGUCUAAUUCUGGAGCAAAUAAUAAUUUAUCCGAGAUUCUCGAUAGAUUACAAAGAGAACUAGUGGAUAAUGGCGGUUUUCAGCGGCAAAAUGGAGAUAUCCCGAAUCGUGGUCCAAUAAUUGCUGAUGUAACAGAUGAAUGGGGUUUAUGCGAUCAAAAUCCGGAGACUUUGGACUCGGAUCAGAUUAUGUACGCUCCGGAAAUGAGAAGCAACAUAUCUGUCUCUCCUCUCUCUCAACAAACUUCUUCAAAUGGCCACCCGCAAUCGCCUUAUUUAAGAAAAGGUGCUGCCCCAGCAACUCAAAGAUCUCCUCAAGUAUCAAAUCAGUUUAAUAGCGCUCGUAAAAGCUAUAAUCCGCCAACUACAUCUGCUGUGAGCAUCCCAACAAAUUUGGUUAAUCAGCAGCCCUGUAGUUCUGCUACGUACAACAGUACAACUUCUCCUUCGUUCACAAUGACUCCCGCCUUGGAAAGACAGAUUUCGGCCGAACUUCAAUCUGGGGUUUCGGGGCUGCAAGAAUACUUGAACGGAGUUGAUAUGAACAUUGACAACUGUCGUGACUUGUUGAGUGGACAUUGGGAUUUUGAUUUUUUAGAGAAUUUGGGGAACGAGGAUCUCGAAGUGAAACCCAAUUCUGGCAACCAGCUAGCAUUGGAGCAGGGAUUGCCUAAAGAAGAGGAUAUUUUUCCUCCGCCAGAAUUUGGAGUUCAGGAUACGUUUGUUGAUGGAAACAGUCUAGACGGUUUAGCCCCCAAUUACCCUUCUACUCCUGAGCUCCUAACGCCUUCAGCAAGCCCAAGGCCUUGA